AUUAUUUGCAUAUUUUUCGAUUAUUCAUAAAGUAAUUGUAGAAAACCAUAAUAAGAUAAUCAAGUUGUGUUUUAUUAAUAUAUCUGUCAGAAGUUCAUAGAAAAUGAAAGCGCUAGAGUUAUGCCAUACAAUUGUGAAGAACCAAAUUAAACAGAAGUCGGAUGCAUUUAUGGUUUUUCUUCAUUGCUUUAUGAUUGAGAAAGGAAUAAAAUGCGUGAGUUCGGGCAAAACUUGGUCUUCCGAUGAAAAAUCCGAACUUCUACCAGAAAAUUGGAAUUCUCAGAAAGAUUCUUAUAAUAUACGAUACAUGUCAACAAAUAAUCAUCGAUAUAUUUUGAAUGUUAAAAGUUCCGGUAAUUCUAUUCGAGUGAAACUGGAGAAUCUCGAUAAUAAACAAUCAUCUCGAAUAUCUUUUGACAUCGAUAACUUCAUAAAUGAAGAUUUCAAAAAUUUCCACUCUGCUUUUAAGAAUUUAAAUAAUCUCGAAGAAGAAAUGGAUAAAAUGUUCAGAGAAAUUCGUUCUCCCGAAAUUAACUGGAGCGGUCGAACGAAAGACAGCGAUACCACAUCUACUCAUAAAAGAAAUUUUUCGGUUCCUGAAAUUGGCGGAAAUGAUUUAGAUCCUUUGGGAAGAGGAGGAGGAAGUGGAGGGAUGCUAAUGAGUGAACCUCGUCCCGCACCUCCCGAUCCUACUUCUGGAAACUUGGAUUUUGAACCUGAAGUUCGUAUUCUUCCCGAAAUGAGAUUUGAUCCCAUAGGACCGGAUACGAAAGCUCCCAAGCCUCCUAAACGAGAUCCCGAUCGUUUAAUAUAAUUUUCUCUCAUUUACCAAAAUUCUUCUGUCGACUUUCAAAUGUUACAAACGUAAAGAAAACUACACGUGGCCAAUCUAUUACAGAGGCAUGGACCCGCCAUCAUUGUUCAGUAGUCAAUAUUUAACCAUUUCGCAUUCAAUAAUGAUUUCUUGACGACUGUAAUCUCCGCCAUCCACACGCCCUGCACAGAAGCUAAAGAUCGCGUUACGAGUCCUUUUUAACUGAUUUUUGUAUUCA